GCAGCUUCAUCCACCCGCUUAGGUGGCUCCACGGGGCGGGCCCCUAGGCCAGGAGGGCGGGGCACACAGGGAGACUUAAAGGGCUCCCCAGGUUCCCGCCCGUGCCCUGACCGCCUCAGCUCUCACCAUGGCCGAGACCACCAAGCUGCAGCUGUUUGUCAAGGCGAGCGAGGAUGGGGAGAGUGUGGGGCACUGCCCCUCCUGCCAGCGGCUCUUCAUGGUCCUGCUCCUCAAGGGCGUGCCCUUCACACUCACCACGGUGGACACGCGCAGGUCCCCGGACGUGCUGAAGGACUUUGCCCCUGGCUCACAGCUGCCCAUCUUGCUGUGUGACGGUGACGCCAAGACGGACACGCUGCAGAUCGAAGAGUUUCUGGAGGAGACCCUGGGGCCACCCGGCUUCCCCAGCCUGGCGCCCCGUUAUAGGGAGUCCAACACCGCGGGUAACGACAUCUUCCACAAGUUCUCCGCGUUCAUCAAGAACCCGGUGCCCGCGCAGGACGAUGCCCUGUACCAACAGCUGCUGCGCGCGCUCGCUAGGCUAGACAGCUACUUGCUCGCGCCCCUGGAGCACGAACUGGAGCGGGAGCCCCAGCUGCGCGAGUCGCGCCGCCGCUUCCUGGAUGGCGACCAGCUCUCACUGGCCGACUGUGGCCUGCUGCCCAAACUGCACAUCGUCGACGUGAGCGCGGGCCGGGGCGGAGGCGGGGGCACGGGCGGACCCUGGAGGGGUCCUGACCACGCCCCUCGACCGCAGACGGUGUGCGCGCACUUUCGCCAGGCGCCCAUCCCCGCGGAGCUGCGCGGCGUCCGCCGCUACCUGGACUGCGCGCUGCUGGAGAAGGAGUUCAAGUACACGUGUCCGCACAGCUCGGAGAUCCUGGCGGCCUACCGGCCCGCCGUGCGCCCUCGCCCCAACCCUGCAUCUGCGGCCCCAUAAAGGUUUCUCUGUCCUGA